AUUUAUGUCGAAGAUAAAUACAUUAGGUUAUCCGCAUUAACAACGUAAAGAAGUUUGAGUGCAUGAACGUACUAAUUACCUGGCAUGUCACUGGUAUAUUUGGAUUAUUGAAAAACAACCGCUCCUAUCUGCACAGCUAUCCAAAUCGUCGAUAUCGGCGAUUAUUGUCCUGUAUAAUCAACGUUUUUAAUUCAGCGGUUCAAAAUUGCUGCCAUGGGUCGCAAAAAAAUACAAAUAUCAAGAAUUACCGACGAACGGAAUCGUCAGGUGACAUUCAACAAGCGCAAAUUUGGAGUAAUGAAGAAAGCAUACGAGUUGUCCGUUUUGUGUGAUUGUGAGAUAGCGCUAAUCAUCUUCAGUAGUAGCAACAAGCUAUAUCAGUAUGCCAGUACGGACAUGGACAAGGUUCUACUUAAAUACACAGAGUACAACGAGCCCCACGAGUCACUUACUAAUAAAAAUAUUAUCGAGAAGGAGCAUAAGAACGGAGUUAUGAGUCCUGACAGCCCAGAACCUGAGACUGAAUAUCAACUGACACCACGGACAGAAGCCAAGUACAGUAAAAUAGACGAAGAUUUUCAGAUAAUGCUACAACGGAAUCAAAUGAACGGACAAAGGGGUAGUAUGAGUUCUUCAAGUUAUAAUACACAACCCGUAUCAGUACCUGUAAACAUAAACUACAGUGACUCUGGUCUUCUCCAAUCUAGUCCACAGAUGGCUCAUACUAGUAUUAGCCCUCGUCCGUCUUCAUCCGAAACCGAUUCCGUGUACCCAAGUGGAGGAAUGUUAGAAAUGAGCAAUGGUUAUCCGAAUUCUGCCUCCCCAAUGGAGGGAUCUCCAUCACCUGGGCCCUCUCCCGGUCCAGGUCUUAGCACGUCCAAACAACAUCCAAAACAGCAUUCGCCAGGACCAAGAUCUAAUCUUCGAGUAGUUAUACCUACACCUUUGGGACCAAGUAUUACCACAGAUGAAGUUUCUUAUGCAGAAAACCCUGGUCUAUCUAGUUAUCCGAGCGCCUUGACAUCUUUUGGAGCUCAAGAUUUUAGUAUGGGUUCAGAUAUUAGUCUAGCAUCAAUGUCUUGGAGUCAUCAGAUACCCACGUCUCUCACCCAUAAUACUUCAUGCCUUCCUCACCUUGCAGUUUCUAGUAGUACUCCUCCGCCUACUUCGUCAUCCCCGCUUCCUGUGAAGAUUAAGAGUGAACCUAUAUCACCUCCCAGAGAGCAUCACCCGCAUCUGACUACAGCCGUCCACCAUUCACAUGUUCAAACGUUAAAUCUGACCCACAGUCAUCACCCUCGACCUAGUUCGGCUGGACAUAUAACACCUACACCUAGAAGUGUGACUCCCACCAAUCUACCCUCCCCUACAGGGACUACGAGCAGUGGUACAGACUACAGCGAUUCAGUGCAGAUGCAUAAACGGCCCAGACUUACAGACUGGCCGUCGUAGAGCCAGUUGCUUUUAUCACAUAUUCUCAACUUCGUAGGACACUAAGUGCCAUAGUGAUACACUAUUGUGGAUAAUUUGACCAUAGUGUUACUGUUUCAAUUGCCAAUUAUCAUCAUUCAUGUGAUAAACUACGAGUCUUGUAGAGCAAUUUUCAUUAAUAAUAUUGCUGAACUGAGAAAACUUUAUAGUGAAAAGAAUUUUUGUAGAGAGAAUAUAAGGUUUUUA